AGAACAGAGAGAAAGUUAGAGAGAGAGAUGAAAACAAGAGGAAGAGCAGCGACGAAGAAGACAUCGGCAGCUGAUUUCCUAACACCGCCACCAGAAGCAAAGACGGUGAACACUCGCAAGAAUUCUACCGUGUCAUCGCCGAAAUCCUUCGAAUUCACGCUCAAUUCUCCGACCUCAAAUGCUGCAAAUCGCCGGAAAUCACCGAUGGAAUCUUCGCCGCUGCGCAAAAAGAGGUGUCGUCUUCAAUAACUGAGCUGAAAGACGCAGUGUCGUCUCAUUUGGACUCGAUUAAGCGGCAGGUUGAGCGAUCUCACUCUGACAUUCUCAAGGAGGUCGAUUCUAAGCGCUUGAAGAUUCAGGCUCAAGCAUGUCAGAACCUAAUGGAUGGGACAGACAAGGAAGUUAAGAAGAUGUCUGAAAGGGUAGCUGAAAGCUGUGAAGCAAUGAAGGUUUUUUAUUCCGAGUUCAUGGUGGAUGCACAAACCAUUGCUGCUCGAGAAACCUCAGCGAUUUUCUCUCUCCUCUCGCGAAAACCACCAUCGCAGCUCCGAUUUUCUCUCUCCGUUCAAGACUCUCUGUUCGCCGCCGGUGUAUUGAAGAUUUAAGAUGACUGGAGUACAAAAACAAUACGAACGACGAAGCAAACACAAACAUGACAAACAAGCAACAAAUCCAGACAAUACUGAAGAAGGAAAUAAGAAUGAACGCGCCAAAGAAACGGAGCCAAUUGUCCCGUCAUCACUUUUGAACGACAUCAUGAACGAUUUAGAGGAACCCGAAGAUCACACCAAUCAAGAAACUGAAGUUAAAAUCAAUGAAGAAAGCAUUGAUAAUGGAAACCAAGAACAAGAGCCUGAUCUCACUAAAGGACGGGAAGAGACUGUCAGGGAAACCGAAACUCAAACCAAUGCAGAAACUGAACCUAUCAUCAAUGAAGAAACCAAUGCCAAUGUAAACAAAGAACAAGAGGAAGUGAAUCAGAAGAAUGACAAAAGAAGGAAACAUAUUGCAAAAAGGAAACAAGGGAAUGAAAUUGUUGUUAGAGAUGUCAAGAAGCACAAGUCUGCAGUUGUUGUGCACUCGAGAUCAAAAGACUGUGUAGAAGUGGAUAACAAAUCAAAACCGGUGGAGAAGAAAAAGGCUAGACUUUUGGUCCAAAGAAUACCACCAAAUUGGUUCAUGGCACUUAUUCCUAAAAUUCCGAGACAACACAGAGCUGCCAUUAGGAAAAUAGGCUUUGGUGCCUUCCUUGAUUUAGAUAUUGGUGCCCAUAAGUCUGCGUUUUCUGCUGAACUUGUAACAAGCUUAGACGCCAACAGAGUUAAUUUGGUGAUGGAUAACAAAGAAGAAAUAGAUAUUCAGUUGAAAGACAUACACCUUGUGUACGGGCUUCCAAUAGGAGGAAGGAAAAUAGUGGAACCGAAGAAGGAAGAAGAUGAAGAAUGGGUUUCAUUUCUGAGAACAUGGAGGGGAUUCUUUAACAUGGAAAGUGGAAGUCCAUACCUGUCAAAAGUAUUAGAUAGGUUGAAUGAGUUAUGUGAAAAAGACUUGUGUGAUGAAUUUUUAUGGCAUUUCGUGGUGUGUGUAGUGAAUACUUGUAUAUGCUCAACAUCAAGACCGGAAGUGGCAUACAAGUUUCUGUAUAGCUGCAUGGACAUACAGAAAAUUCAUGAAUUAGACUGGUGCCAUUACACUUUUGUAAAUAUGAAGAUAGCUGCUGAAAAAUGGAAAGGAGGAAAUGCUUAUUUCACUGGACCAUUGCCUUUCUUACUGAUUACAUAUUUUGACCGGUUGCAAAGGGAGAAGAUUGUGCAACCAAGAGAGUUCCCUCUCCUUUCAGUCUGGAACAGUGAGAGGAUAGAAGAAAGAAUGAAGAUUGAAAACAAGAGGGGCUUUGGAAAGGGGGUUGUGCUCAAAAGAAUAGCUUAUGAAGGAUUACUAGAAGAACAAGUUGAAGAACACAUAUACCAGAAAGAUCCUGACUUGCAAGCAGGCUCAUCAACUUCAUCCUACAACAUUAUGGGCUUUCUGGACAAAUUUGGGGAUUUGGCUAAGGCACUGGCUUCAAAUAUCAACGAGAUGUAUGUUAUGGUAGAUAAAGCAUCUGACCUUUUCAAAGAAGGCGAUACAGCAGAGGAACUGAAAAGGCUGGUCGAUAAUAUUUGGAGCAAGUACACAAAUAAGCCAACUGAGCCAAUUCUGCCCGAAGCACAAGAAAAAGUCAAGAGUCCUUCAGUUCUUAGCCAAGACAAACAAAUGUUUGAUGAACCUGGAUUCAUUGAGGAAUUGGACGUGGUAAUGGCUAAGGCAUGGGAAGAUUACCAAGAGAGAAUAGGUAUGAGUAAGAAAUUUGUCAAGCCACGUCCAACAAAAAAGAAAAAGAAGGCAAGAGAUGAAUCUGAUAUAUUAGGCUUCAAAUUGUUGACCCAAAGCCAAACCGAUGAAGAAGAAGAGCAACCCCUCCCAUUUGCUACAACAACGACACACAUCUUUGUUCCAGAAUCAGAAUCACCAGUGAUCCUUAGGGAUAUUCCAUCUUCAUCUGCAUUAAAGCCAACAGAAGUGAUUUCUCUCGACAGUGCUGAAUCGUUUGAAAAUAUGGAUUUGGAUUUGGACUUGGAUCUGGCACUUGGAGUUCAAAAAUCCUUGGAAAAUGCAGCAAACAAUGUCAAAAGCCAAGAACAAACAGACACAGAAAAUGCAACAAACAAGCCAAGUUCGGGUAAAGAUGAUGACCCUAAGGAAAGAGCGUCUGAUGUUGUUCCAACAGAGGCUACUUUGGGUAACAAUGAUCAGCAAAUGGGAACAGAAACUACUAAAACACCAACUGGUUUAGAUAUUGAUGGAAAGCAAGCUGGUUCGCCAAAAUAUGAGGAGCCAAAACAGAAAAUAGAUGAGCAGGAAGGGGGAAAUGAUGAAAGUAGAAAGAGUCAAAGAUGCAUUGAGAAGCUCCCGCAAUAUUUAAGAUCGCCUUUCAUGGUCAAACAUGAUGCAGCGUUCAAGAGAGUAGAUGUUGCUAAAAGAAGGAUGGCUGAUUAUGCAUUUGCUGAAGGACCAAUUGAUGAGCUUUUGUACAACGAUAAGCUAAACAAAAUCACAAGAGAAGAAAUGAAAAGUCUUGCGGGCGAAAAUCAUAUGCUCAACAAUAUAGCUGAUGCAUGGGCAUACCUUUUAAAUGUUGAAAACAGAAGGCGAGGUGUAGGAACAGAAAGUAGAUUUUUCUUCAGCACAAAGCCAUAUGACAUCUUAUGCAAAGAUAAGUACUUUCUUUCGAGUAUCAAGUUCAAUGAAAGAUAUCCUGCUUUGUUUAAAAGAAUGGAUGAAGAACUAGCACAUGCUAAAGUAACAAGCUUGCAAAGAGUUCAAUUGGUGUUUUUUCCGAUAGUUAAUGGUGGUCAUUACUAUCUAUUGUGCAUUAACUUCAUGAAUGGCAGUUUGGACGUGAUUGACAACCAAUGCAUUACACCCCCUAUGACGUAUUUGGGAAAAUACAAGAAUGAACCAAGAAAUAUGUUGAAAGGCUUCGCAGAAUAUUAUUUUGCAAGACACAAUGGAGGAAACAAAAGUUCUGUAACUGAUUUCAAAACAAGAAACCUGAAUAUGAAAUGGAAAAGCAACGCCAAUUAUGAUGAUUGUGGAGUGUUUUUGCUGAAGCACAUGGAAACUUAUUAUGGAGAGAGUGCAAAGGAAUGGAAUCCGGGACUGGAAAAAGACAACUUUGAGCAAAUGAAGAGAUUGAGAGUUGAAUAUUGUGGAAAGUUAUUGGCGCACAAAGAGAAUGAUGAACAUCAUACAAUGAUUUCAAAAUCAAGAACAUGGGCACUAGAAAACAAAAUUUGAGGAAAUUGUAAUAGCUAGUUGUAGAUCAAUGCUAGAAACAUGUAGCUUACAUGUAGCAUCAAAUUUCGUACUUGUUAUAAAUAGGUUGUGUUGAAGAUGUAGCUUAAAUGCUUAGAAUUUUUGGCUUUCUUGUUAGAACAUAUUUCUGAAGUGGUUAGAACAUUUAUGUGAAUUUCUUGUUAGUAUUAUAAAUACUAUGAG